GCUGAUGCACGCGUGAGCACAGGGCGCCAAACUAUAUCAUCUCCGGCAACUGCAACAAUAGCUACAACCGCAAAUACUACCUCUGAUUCGUCCAUACCUGUUAAUUCCAAAUCGCGUUCUUCUACCAAUCACAAUGUGAUUCCACCAACAGGCGAAUUUAUUCCUUUAAAAUCGGGCGUGACUAAUAUCAGUUAUGGUAUAUUGCACUUGUAUCGAGGCAAAAAAGAAAUAAAGGACAAUAGUCAAUCAUCACCACAACAAAAUAUUCAAUCACAGUCUGUUGAAGAGAAUAAUAGCAUCCACGAUACGGCUGGCACCAUAUUGGCUGUUUUGGCAGUCCCAUCAUAUAUGAGUGCGUCUGACUUUUUGGGAUUUGUUGCGCCUGUGAGAAACUAUGUCAGUCAUUUUAGAAUGAUUAGAGACUCUGCACCAAACAAGUAUAUGGUAUUGAUGAAGUUUCGUCACCCGCGAGCGGCGAGGGAUUUUUAUGAUCAAUUCAACGGACGUCCAUUUAGUUCUAUGGAGCCUGAAAUCUGCCAUAUAGUCUACGUCCAAUCCAUAGAGUUUCACUCUAGUUCUUUGCCACCAUACGCUUUCCCUUUCCUUUAUGACCCUUUUGAAUCUGACCAAGACGGUUCUAAGACAAAAACGCCAGAUGAGAGCUCUGCUGCUUCUUCACUGUACGAAUUGCCAACAUGCCCCGUUUGUCUAGAAAGAAUGGACGCAGGUGUCACAGGAUUAUUGACUAUAUUGUGUCAGCAUACCUUUCAUUGUCAUUGUUUGAGCAAGUGGGGUGACAGCAGUUGUCCCGUCUGCCGGUAUUCUCAGAAGCGGGACAUUCUGGAAAAUUCCCUUGAACAGAAUGAGUGUGGUGUCUGCGGUGCGACGGAAAAUCUAUGGAUAUGUCUUCUAUGUGGAAAUAUCGGGUGUGGGAGAUACCAAGAAAAACAUGCAUAUAGCCAUUACGAACAGACAUCCCAUCUGUAUGCUUUAGAAUUGGAAACACAGCGAGUAUGGGACUAUGCUGGGGAUGGGUACGUGCAUCGCCUUAUUCAAAACAAGUCUGAUGGAAAGCUAGUUGAACUACCCAGCCCGAAUGCGCCCCCGCAAGUCCAGGCGCCACCCACCGAGCAAGCUGGACAGGAUAAAAUUGAUGCUAUAGGUCUCGAGUAUUCAUACCUCUUGACUACGCAACUGUCUUCUCAACGGACUUAUUAUGAAGAAAAAGUCAAUUCAAUCACCCUUCAGCUCUCAUCUCUGUCAGCACAAGUCCAAAGUAUAUCUGAUGAAAUGAAAGUCCUCAAGAGUGAGAGGGAUAAAGCAAUAAAUGACAAAAACGUGCUUGAAAAAGAGAGGAUACCGAGUCUUGAGAAAGAUAAACGGGCUCUUGAGAAAAAGUACGAGAAGGUGAAAGAAAAGGCGGAGAAAAUCGAAAAAGAAUACAAAGAGGAGAAAGAAAUGACGGCUUCAUUAUUAAGAAAACAACAAUAUUUUGAAGCUCAGAUGGAAGAAAAAGAUAAAAUGAUCAAAGACCUUGAAGAACAAGUUCGGGAUCUCAUGUGCCAUUUCUCUGCCCAUAAUUCUAUGCAAGAUAAUCCAGAAUUGGCGGGAGGAGAUAUUGUUGUCAGUGAGACGAAUUCCAGUUCACCAGGGAGGAGAAGAAAGGGCAGGAAAUAA